AUGAAAUGCUUUAUUAUUAUAGCAAUCCUUUUCUAUUCAGUUGAUUGUUAAGAAUAAUAAUUUACUUACAGGCUUUCUGUUGACUCAAAAAGGAAAUUAGAAGAACUUCAACAAAAAUUAAAUUAAAAGGAAUGGGAGCCACUGAGAAUACAUUUUGAAUAUUUAUCCUCUAAUUAUGAUCAGAAUUACACAAAAUAUAUAACAGAAAUACUUGAAAUGGUUUCAACAUUUUUUUAUAGAUUUCUCUUAGUUUAGAGAAUGAAUGAAAAAAUUACUUUUAAAAAAAAUUAUCCAAAAGCAUUUUAUGGGUUUCAAAUAAAUUAAAGUUUAAUGAAUUAAUCAUAUGAUACAGAUUUAGUAUACUUGUAUUGAAAUUUAGGUUAUAUUUGUAAACAUUGAAAAUUCAGCUAAAUUUUAUAAAGCCUACUGUGGUCCAAAUGUUUAUGAUGAGUAAUCUUUAAGACCAAUUAUGGGCUUAAUGUCUUGGAAUAUGAACUACACAAAAAUUGAUAGAAAUGAUAAAAUAUAAUAUGAAAGUAAUUUAGAAAGUGCAAUCCAUGAAGUUAUUCAUGGCUUAGGUUUCACCUAUGACUACUUUUCAAAAUAUUAUGAUUCAGUAACAGGUAAAAAUUAUGAACUUCCUAAUUUUUAUAAACAAAACAAUGUUACAUAUUUAUCAACUCCAAGAUUAAUUAAUUUUGCUAGGGCUUACUUUAAUUGCUCCAAUCUAACAGGUAUUUAAAUGGAGGACAACGGAGGUCCAGGAACAAGUGAUUAUCAUUUUGAAAGAUUAUUACUUUAUAAUGAGCUAAUGACUGGUUCACAAUUAACUGGAAAUCUUUUAAUAACUGAUUUUACAUUCUAAUUAUUGUAAGACACUGGGUAAAACUCAUUUAUAAUUAGGUUCUAUCGUUUAUCAGAUUAUAGUCCAGAUUAAACUUAAUGGGGAAGAAAUAAAGGUUGUGAAUUUGUUAACAAGUAUUGUAAUAAUAAUUUUACUGAAUUCUGCUAUGAAAAAAAUGCUGAGAGUUGCUCAUAUGAUAGAACUGGAUAAUCAGUAUGUAUGUAAGAAACUUUAAGUGGAUAGUGCAUGUAUUAAUAGAUUUACACUGAUUAAUUGUGCAAGAAUGAUUAAAAUUAGAUUUAAAAUAAAUCAUCAUAAAUAAUCUCUUACUAUGGUGAUGAUAGUAUCUGCAUAAAAGGAUCAAUCUCACCAAUAGAAUCCUUUUAAAAAUUUACUUGCUAAAAGUUUUAUUGCGACGUAAAUGAUAAAUUGAAAAUCAUUAUUGGUGAUUUAGAAUUUGAUUGCUCUUAAUCAGCCUAAAUUUAAUUGCCAAAUGGGUACUUUGGAAAUUUAGAAUGUCCAUACAAUCCAGAAAAAGUGUGUUAAUUCAGAAAUGAUUGCCCGAACUCAUGUGGUAUGAAUGGAUUUUGUAUCAAUAGAUAGGUUAGUAUAUAUUAUUUUAACUAAAUUAGUGUAUUUGUGCUAAGGGUUAUUCAGGAUUAGAUUGCCAAUAAAUAUGUGAUGGUUACAGGUACUAAGGAUUUUGCUUGGAAAAUUGUCCAAAUCUAACAUAUCCCUUAGACUCUAUUAAAUUUUGUAUAGGAUGUCCUGGAGUAAAGUUAAUGUCUAAUUUAGAAUUGUGAUAGCUGUUCAAAUUAUAAUUAAUGCAUUAAAUGUAAGUCUGGAUACUUGUUAAGAGAAGGGUUUUGUGAUAAUUUUAUUUUGGAUAAAGAAUUGGGUUCCUCAAAUUCUCAUUUUUUUAAUGGUAUUUUUAUACAUAUAUUAAUGAAGAAAGUAACAAUCCUCAAUCAUCAGAGUAAAAUUCUGCAGAAAUAAUAAUUUCAACAAAUUGUAAUAUUUUGAUAAUAUAUCUAUUAUUAUUAAUGUUAUUAUAUUGA